AUGAUGCGGGGAUCGUCGCAGCAGUUCCUGGGGAUCCCAGGACCCCAGAAGAUCCUCAAGACUUUCGGCUCUUUGUGGCUCUCGCAGACAGGAGAAGAUAAGCCAUCUGCGGGAAUCUCUUCAUCCUGCCCUGUCUCCGAAAUCAGUUGUCAAGCUAAGUAUCAUGGCCAAGACACCUGCUGUUUCAACUAUCCCGGUGGCCAAAUGCUGCAGACGCAGUUCUGGGAUGUGGACCCUGCUCUGGGGCCUGAGGAUUCCUGGACUAUCCAUGGACUUUGGCCUGAUCACUGCGCCGGCGGCUUUGACCAAUUCUGUGACUCCCAACGCAAAUACAGCAAUAUUUCGCUGAUAAUUGUCGAUUCUGGCCGUGGGGAUCUGCUGGAAUACAUGAGCGAAUACUGGAAGGACUUCCGUGGUGAUGAUCAGAACCUUUGGCAGCAUGAGUGGAACAAGCAUGGCACUUGCGUCAGCACCCUUGAGACUCGUUGUUACGAAAAUUAUCUGCCGCAGCAAGAGGUUGUGGAUUACUUUGACAGGACAGUGGAGGUUUUUAAGGACCUGCCUACUCAUGAAUUCUUGGCCAAUAAUGGCAUUGUACCAUCUUCAACAAAAACCUACGCUCUCGCUGACAUUGAAGGUGCACUAGAGCGUGCCCAUGGAAGCCCUGUCACUGUUCGCUGCCAGCGCGGCGCCCUGAAUGAGGUUUGGUACUACUUCAACAUCGCAGGAAGUCUGCAAACAGGGAAAUUCAUUUCUGCAAGCCCAGAUGGCCAAAAAUCUAACUGCCCUUCCAAGGGCAUCAGGUACCCCCUGAAACACUCUCGGCCCGAACCCACUCGGACAACAACUACGGGGCACUCCGAACCCACAGCACCCAGCGACCCAUUCUCCGGCAAGGGUAACCUGAUCGUCUUCAACCGCAACCAAAAGCACGGUUGCAUCAUCAGCUACGGAACCUGGUUUACGUCAGGUACCUGUGCCACCUUCCGGACCGAGACGAUAUCAGAUGAUACGUUCUCGUUGAAAUCCAGCAAGGGGGCCUGUGCGUUUGAGGAAGAUGCCCUUACUUGUGGGCCAGAUAUCAAGACCCCUAGCGAGUUCACCGUUAAAAAUGGGAAACUGUCCUACGAGGACAAGACUACCUUCUACGCUGACCAGGCACCAAGAGGGCGUACACAAAGCAAUGUGUAUGUUUCGCGGGAAGAGCGGUCUAUUGAGAUUGAGAUCACCUGGGCCCCUAAGAGCUAUUGA